AUGCAUAUUGGCGGCAAUUUUGGUCGGGCUUUUGGUCGACAAAGUUUUCUAGAAUCAAGGGCAGAGCUAGCUUUUUCCUGGCUGGAGCUGCCCGAGGCAGGCAAGGCCUCCCUGUGGCCACUGACCCCAAGUUCAUCUAAUCCCAACUAUUUUCACGCCAAAAAUUUGUUCGUGGUAGCCGCCCUUAUUGUUGUUGGCGCCUCAUUUCAACUCGCAAUACCUUACUCUCAGUACGUACUGGUGCAAGAGGCGCCAACUCAAUCGACUAUGGCUCCUCAAGAUGAAAUUACAGAUGCACUGUCUUACAUCGAUGACGACUAUAACAAUCCAGUGGUCAAAGAGGAUAUGCAAAGGUUGGCUAAAAGGAACUAA